GUUACCUAGGUAGAUAGUUCAACCUCUCUCGCUCUCGCAACAUCAUCUAUCUACGGCUUAUGGAUCUCAUAAGUUAAUCUAAUCCACACGCACACACACACACACACGCAUCCAAACGCCGAGGUCAGGUAUAAGAGACAACUCUCGCGCCCGGCAUACGUGCAAGCAAGCCACGUUUAGACGUACCUUGAUUUUUCUUCCCCUCUCCCUUCCGAAUACCCAUUUUCUUGCGUCUGGGCAUUCAUCUUUUCAGCCUCAUAACUCAAAGCUACUGCAAGGAGGCUUUGUUUGCUCGGUUUAGUAAGCUCCCUCAUAUCCCGAGAGACCAACAUCGACGUUCGACGUCGCAUUGAGAGUUGGAAAAAGUCCGGGGUUUCGUUACCAAAUCGCGGCCUCCGCUCAAAAGAAUCCAAUCCUUUUGAACAGCACAUACCAAAUUUUCAAAAAUAACCUCCACAACGCAACACAGCAUUCACAAUGACCGUCCCCGAGCAGCAGCACUCCUCAACCCCAUGGUGGAAGUCCGCCGUCGUCUACCAAAUCUACCCGGCGUCCUUCAAGGACUCCAACGACGACGGCGUCGGCGACCUGCAGGGCAUCAUCUCGCAGCUCGACUACAUCCGCGCGCUGGGCGCCGACGUCGUGUGGAUCUGCCCCAUGUACGACUCCCCGCAGGUCGACAUGGGAUACGACGUGCGGGACUACGAGAGCGUAUAUGCGCCGUACGGCACCGUCGCCGACAUGGAGAGGCUGAUCGAGGAGGCGCAUCGCAGGGAGAUGCGCGUCGUGCUGGAUUUGGUCGUCAAUCAUACUAGUGAUCAGCACAAAUGGUUCCAAGAGUCACGAUCCUCGAAGGACAACCCAAAGCGCGACUGGUACAUCUGGCGACCAGCCACAUACGACCCCGUCACAGGCGCUCGCAAGCCGCCCAACAACUGGCUAGGCAACUUCGGCGGCAGCGUCUGGCAAUGGGACGACCACACGCAGGAGUACUACCUGCACCUGUUCUGCCCGGAGCAGCCCGACCUCAACUGGGAGAACGAGGAGACGCGCAAGGCCAUCUACGAGAGCGCGAUGGAGUUCUGGCUGCGGCGCGGCGUCGACGGGUUCCGCGUCGACACCGUCAACAUGUACUCCAAGGGCGACAUGCGGGAUGCGCCCAUCACAGACCCGGACUCGGAGUGGCAGUUCGCGGGCUACCAGUACUGUAAUGGACCCAGGAUGGCGGAGUUCCUCGGCGAGAUGAACCAGGUGCUCGCGAAGUACGAUGCCAUGACCGUCGGCGAGUGCCCCAACACGCCGGACAUGAAGAGGGUGCUCGAGUACGUGAGCGCGAAAGAGAAGCAGUUGAACAUGGUGUUCCAAUUCGACGUCGUCGACAUCGGGCAAGGACCCUACAAAUUCCAGACCACGCCCUUCAACUGGAAACUCCCGGCCCUCAAGGACGCCAUCGAGCGGACGCAGAACCUGAUCCGCGGCAACGACGGGUGGACGACCGCCUUCCUCGAGAACCACGAUCAAUCCCGCUCCAUCUCGCGGUUCGCCAGCGACGCGCCCGAGCACCGCGUCGCGAGCGGGAAGCUCCUCGCCCUCAUGGAGGCCGCGCUGUCCGGCACGCUGUUCAUCUACCAGGGCCAGGAGAUCGGCAUGGUCAACUUCCCGCUCGACUGGGACAUGAGCGAGUACAAGGACGUCGACUCCUCCAACUACUACAAAAUGGUAUCCGCCCGCACCAACGCCGACCCAACAGCCCUGCACGCCGCGCACGUCUCCCUCCAGCACCUCGCGCGCGACCACGCCCGCAUCCCCAUGUCCUGGGCUCCCACCCCGAACGCGGGAUUCUCGCCCUCGCCGACGACGAAGCCCUGGAUGCGCGCCGACGCGGCCCAGGCGCUCGUCUGCAACGCGAAGCAGCAGCAGGGCGACAAGGGGUCCGUCCUUUCGUUCUGGAAGCACGCGCUGAGGAUUAGGAAGGAGUAUGAGGGGUUGUUUGUGCAUGGGGAUUUUGAUGUGCUGGAUAGGGGGGAUGAGAGCGUGUUUUGGUUUGUUAAGACGGCGAAGGGAGGGGAGGUUGUGAAUGGUGUGAAUGGAACGAAUGGUACCAAUGGGACCAAUGGUGCGACGAAUGGAGAGAAGGGGAAGAGGGGGAAGGCGGUCGUUGUGUUGAAUUUCACGGGUGAGGCGAGGGAGGUCAAGUGGCCGGCUGAGGUUGCUGAUGAGAAGGAGAAGAGCGAGCUUUUGGUUUCGACGGUCGAGAAACAUGAGGAGGGGAAGUUGGCGGCGUAUGAGGGCAGGGUGUACCUGUUGUAA